GUACUCGCACUCGUUCCCGCUACCGGUACUGCUAUCUUAUCUAGCCAUCAGUCUCGAUAAUGGUCGGCUGUCGAUCCCCUGAGCCUUCGCAACGGCUUUCCUAAUUGGGGCUUGUGUCGCUAAGUGAACGUGAUUUAUGCGUGGUCCCGUGUAGUUUCCGUUUGGAGGCGCGGGGUAGAACCGACUUCGUUAUCGAAGCUGGUAUCUAUUAUUGAACAAUGUAACAAAGGUGGAAACUAGAAUUGUACUUUCAGCUUUUGUGGCGUUUUGUCUCUUUUUAGUACCUAGAUGAUGGAAUCCGGUGAUGAUGGCACACCAUUACGAAGAGUAUCGAUUAUCAUCAUUAGAUCUUCUCCCAGAAGAAAAUGUAGAAGAAUCCUCAAAUAGAUUGCUCAUGGAGGAAACAGGGGUGGAAUCUCAAACCCGAACUAAAUCGAAUUAUGAGAUGCUCAUCUUGACACUCAGCCUAGCAGGCUUGCAGUCGGCCUAUUGCUCUCAAUUUGCGGAUGGGACUGAUUAUCUGAUGAGCAUCGGCAUCAGCCCUACCGUUAUUGCAUCCAUUUGGAUUAUUCCUCCACUAUGUGGCGCUACCUUCCAGCCACUCUUUGGAAUACUGAGCGAUGCAUUAAAAGCGAAGCUGGGUAGGCGGGAACCGCUCCUAUUGCUGGGCGGUCUUGGAUUACUUUGCGCAUUGAUUAUACAGGCGUGGAGCUCUACGAUUGCCAACGGAUUGGAUGGUUCCUGCCAGGGAGCAUGGCCAGCAUGUUGGACUAAGGUGUUCGUGGCGAUCUUUGCUGUCGUGAUGCUAUACGCUUCUGCGCAGGCGGUACAAGUCGCUACGCGUACUAAGAUGGUCGACAUGUGCCCAGCGAGUCAGCAGCUAAAAUUGAACACAUUGGCUAGUCGGCUCAUCAGCUUGACAAGUGUGUUGUAUUACAUCUUGUCCUAUGGGCUGCCACCAUUGGCGACAGUUGAACUACGUAUGCAGGAGUUGGCUCUAAUAUCCGUCAUCAUCAGCGUUGGCACUAUUAGUAUCGCGAGCGUAGAAGGUUGGGAGUCGCUCCCUCAUUCUCCUCCCAAGGCCUGCUCAUCAAUGGCAACACCAGGAGAGGGUUCUUACAUCCAACGAGUGAAGGAUAGUGUAACUACGCGCAUGUUCAAGAUCCUGGCGGUCCAGUUUUUGUCGUCGUUUGCAUGGUUUCCAUAUCUGUUCUUCAUUAGCAGGCAUAUUACAGAAAAAGGGCACACGGAGGGAAAUACAACUGAGCGAUUGGGGCCACUGGCACUAUUCCUACAAUCCGUCGUGCAUCUGAUAACAACCUUUGCACUACCAUUUCUAGCAAGCCACACCGCAAGAGACACUCUUCCGUCAACCAAAGCCUUGGGGUUUCUUCACUUUGAGCCGCUACAAAUAUGGAGGCUAUCGCAAGUGCUCUACUCAGUGUGUGUUGCCGGUAUCUUGCUGACAAAAUCUACCGCGUUCGCACUCCUGUUAGCCGCCUUAAUUGGGUUCUCUUGGGCUGUCAUGCAAAUCAUUCCAUACACCAUAUUGACGGACGAGUUUCUCCUCAAAAAUGGAGGGGAGCCUAGAAGAUUAAACUCGUCCGGGCUAUUUCUCGGAAUCAACAAUCUGUCCAUGACCAUUCCGCAGAUCAUAGCAGGCGUCAUAUGCACUACCAUAUUUUCUACGGUAUCAGAAAAGCACACUGAAUCAAUGUUCAAUGGUAUGACAGGGAGCCUUGCUAUUGGCUCUAUGGUAUCUUUGCUAGCGACCGUAGUGUCAUUUUGUAUACUAUGACUUAUACAAAUCGGCUUCCAGUUCUGUACUAGAAUCCUUUGAGAUCUGUCUAUGUAGACGUGGAUUUAUGGUCAAGUCAAUUCCCUUUCUAUACAUGGUGUUUCCGAUAACAGUGACCAAUCCUGCUAUCAUCAGGAAAUGGAAUAAGCUGUAUGCUGUUAUGUUAUUCUUCAUCACUCUCGUCAGUGUCAAGUUUGAUCUCAUGCCCAUUGCCCUCGAAUACCCAUAAACUC